UUUAUUUCAUUUCGCUUUCCUGUCACCUUUCUCCUUGAAAGGGACCCAAGGCGGUUCACAAGAGAAACCAAGUAAAGCCCAACAAUGCAAUUUUAAAAGCAAGUAACAGCACCACACAUAAAACAGUAUAAAAUUAUUUUAAAAGCAUACAGAAGUUUAAAAAAGAGUUUCUCCCUGCCCUCCAUAAGAAGCUUCCUUGUUUCCCCAUUCAAAGCCCACUUGGACAAAAUGGCCCAAAAGAAUGGUGUGUGGUAAGUGUCUGUGUCCAUCCGAGGCUCAAAAUGGCCUUUGCCUGCUGGCGAAAGGAGACUGCAUUGUGUGUCUGUGUCCAUGUGUCAUCUGAGACUCCUGUGGCACGGAAUCCCAGAGGUCGGGCGCAGCCACCAAGAAGGCCCAAGUUGGACCAAACGGCGCUGGUGCUUGACAAAAUGCCAGGCGGCCAGGCCUGACCUUUGACCCUCGUCCCCUUCCAGGUUCCUGCUGCGAUGACAGCGGAAGAGCUGGUCUUUGAAAUCCUGGACCGGAGGAAGAUCGUCAUGAAGGAGAAAGACUUCUGGAGCUGCUUUGAAGUGAACGAACGGGAGGAGGCAGAGCGGCCCUUGCACUACAGCGAGAAGGUCCUUCCGAUCGUCCAUGGCCUCGGGAGGGAGAGCUGCCUGGUGGUCAAGCGCCAGCUGUCCAUGGAGAACAUGCUGCUUUACCUGGCCAGCAAAGUGGGCGACAGCAAACACGGGAUGAUGAAGUUCAGGGAGGAGAAGAACCUUCUGGGCCUUGGGCUGAGCACCGGCUUCCAUGACCGCUACUUCAUCCUCAACGGCAGCUGCCUGCGGCUCUACAAGGAAGUCCGGAGUCACAAACCGGAGAAGGAAUGGCCGGUGAAGAACCUGAAGGUCUACCUGGGCAUCAAGAAGAAAGUCCGUCCUCCAAGUUGCUGGGGCUUCACAGUCUUCUUUGAGAAUGAGAGGAUGGAGAAGCAGCAAUGGUAUCUCUGCUGCGACACCCAAAUGGAGCUCCGCGCCUGGUUUGCCACCUUCCUCUCUGUGCAGCACGGGGGCAACCUGUGGCCCUCAGAGUCAUCCAAGGGCCAGGCGUCCUUCCUUGUGCUGAGGAGGCGGUGCGCUCCAUAGGCCCCCUCUCUAACCCUCUUUGCGCACUUCUGCAGCACGGGGGCAACCUGUGGCCCUCGGAGUCAUCCAAGGUCCGGGUGUCCAUCCUUUCACCGAGGAGGUGGUGCGCUCCAUAGGCCCCCUCUCUAACUCUGUUUGUGCAUUUCAACAGCACGGGGGCAACCUGUGGCCCUCGGAGUCAUCCAAGGUCCGGGUGUCCUUCCUUUCACCGAGGAGGUGGUGCGCUCCAUAGGCCCCCUCUCUAACCCUC